UCGGUCUAUAUAUAGGACUUUCGAAGCAUCAGACAUAAACCGUAGAACAGUUCUGGUCUUAUCAUUCGUCCGGGCGAGAUAUUUUCCUCUCUGUGUCCUAAAGGCAAGUUUGAACGUGACUGGUACGAGAACAGGGGAAGUUAAGGUUAUAUAGAAGUAGUGAUGGGACUAGUAUCUGGAGGAAGAUCUACACUUAAUCCGAACGCCCCUCUCUUCAUCCCAGCAGCUUACAGGCAAGUGGAGGAUUUCUCUCCUGAAUGGUGGGAGCUGGUGAAGACAUCAACUUGGUUCCGGGACUACUGGCUCGCCCAGCAUCAGGAAGAAGAAACCUUUAUCAGCACUCCUAAUGACGACGAUGAUGGCGUUGACAUUGCCGAUCUGCUCCCAGAGUCGUUUGAUUUCGAUGUCGAUGAAGAAUUGUACAACGUGGAUGCCCAAUUCGAGGAGUUUGUUCAAUCUUAUCCUCAACAAAAUGGGUCAGCACUGUUUGCUUCCAAGCCGGUAAAUGGCAUGGAGAUGAAUACUGAAGCGCUGAUGAAGAGCCUGAUGACGACCUCCAUGAAAUCUCCAAAAGUCCCCAAGUCUCAGAUGGAACCUGCGAAGUAUCGAGAGAAGGCCCCACAGUCCAUUAGCCCCAAAUGUAGCCCUCGCCGCAUCCAUCAGCCCCGUUGAAAGAAAUCAAAGAAUAACUUGUAGAAGCUCUGGGAUCGUCGUAGCUCUCUUUAACAUUACUGGCAAAGUAAAUAGUUUGUUUUUUUCUGUCCAUCUCGUGUAUAGAACAAGGUGACAACUCCCUGCUAGGGUGUAGCAAUGUAGCAAUUCCUCCUGUCUUGUUUCUUGUUUGUGUCCCAUAUUGAACAAUCCAUCCGAAGAACAAAAUGUAUAAAAAAGUAAAAGAGAAUGUAAAUUAACAAAAAAAUGCGUUGUUAAUUGUUAGUUUA